AUGCCGGAUGUGGAGUUUGGCAGUGCAGAGUUCUGGUACAUGGUCGCAGCGGCAACGGCGCUUGUGUUGUUUGGUGGUUUGAUGAGUGGGCUCACGCUCGGCCUGCUCUCCGCCGAGGAGCUGGAGCUCAGCAUCGUGGAGCGAGCGGGCACAGCCACGGAACAGCGGAGGGCCAUCGCAGUGCGGGGGCUCAUCAAGCGGCAACACCUGUUGUUGGUGACGCUGCUCUUGUGCAAUGCGGCGGCCAUGGAGGCGUUGCCGCUGGUGCUUGACCGUCUGCUGUCUCCCAUCGGAGCUGUGCUGAUCUCUGUGACCGCGGUGCUCGCCUUUGGCGAGAUCUUGCCGCAGGCCGUGUGCAAAGCCUACGGCCUCGCGGUAGGUGCCGCGGCCGCCCCAAUCGUGAGAUGUUUAUUGGUGCUUUGCUGGCCUAUUGCUUGGCCCAUCGCCAAGCUUCUGGAUUGCGUCCUCGGCCACGACGAAGGACACUUUUUCGCUGGCGCCGAGAUGGCGGCAGCGCUGGACAUCCAUCGGGAGAGGGGCCACCUCUCCCGUGAGGAGGCUGACAUCAUGCAGGGAGCCCUUUGCAUGGCCCAGAAGCGCUGUCAGGACUGCAUGACGCCCAUCGGCCGCGUGCAAUCCCUUGCCACCGAUGCCCUCCUCGACGAGGCUACCAUGGACUGGAUCGUGCAAACGGGCCACUCCCGAAUACCGGUGCACGAGCCCGGAAAGCCUGAGAAGUUCCUGGGGGUCCUCCUCAUCAAGAGGCUCAUCAAGCUGAGGCCUGAGGACGCCUGGCCAGUCUCCACACAGCGGCUCAGCCCCCUUGUCAAGGUGGUGGAAGAUGAACCGUUGUACAAGAUCUUGGACAUCUUCCAAACAGGUCAAACACACAUGGCUGUGGUGUACCCUCGGGAAACGGAACUUGGAGACAACCUGGCUCCUCUGGACGUUCCUCCCCUUGGCAUUCUGACCCUGGAAGACCUGAUCGAGGAGCUCAUCAACGAAGAGAUCGUUGACGAGACGGACCUUUACAUCGAUGUGGCGCAUGAAGAGGCGGGGGUCGCGGAGGAGCUCCGGGGCGCGGAGCGUUUGAGAGCUGGCCGCCUGGUCUGCGCUCCGGCGGUGUCCUUUGCGACUCGAUCCACGGCUUCGGGCUCCGACCAGGACCUUUCGAUGCCCGAGCGGAACAAGUCCACCCCCGCAGGCCUCGGGCGCCUCCCGGGGGCUCCUGGCGCCAGCGGAGCAGCGGAGGGCUCCCGACGCCGGGCGACCGGCCUUCAGAGUAUCUUCGACCUGGCCCAGGCCCAGGCCAAGGCCCAGGCCGGUCGGAGCCCCGGCACGGAGUCCACGGACAGCCGGCCGCUGGCGCCGGCGACGCGGCAGCGUUCGGUUCGAACCGUUGCCCGCACCCCGUUGUUGAAGAAGCGCACGGCGGAGUUGGCGGCGCUCCUGAAGCUCGGGCUCAGCUGGCGCAUCGGCUGCGGGAAUAUCGGCGUGGAUGAGCAGCAGCUCCAAUUCUGUGGAACGAUUGAUCCUUCGCCCACUGGAAGCUUUGUGCUGGUGGAAGCCGAGGCUGAAGCUCUGAACGGUUCCCAGGCCUCCUCUGGACCCCUUGCUCGGGAGGCUUGCUCCCUGGCCCGAUCGGCUGUGGCAGCUGACCAGGCCUUCUUUGACGCCGACACUCCAGCCGCUUUGGGUACCUUGAGUUUGGGGCCCCACCUCAGCUUUGCUAGGAACCUGGCUCCUUUGACGGGCUGGUCUUCUGAAGCUCGGGUGGCGCGGGCCUAUCGAGCAGGGCUCUCUGCACGGGAGGUCCUUGAGGGUUCUUCCGGUUACCAGCGCAGCUCCCUUCCUUUGCCUAUUCGGAACAGGAUCUACGUGGUUUUGCGUUGCAGCUCUGAGCCCUUGGGCUUCGUGACUGAAAAUUUCGGGACCUUCAGAGCCAAGGGCGGAGGCUCAGGCUUUCGUGCAGGCUUCGGGGAAGCCAUGGCCGCAGGAGCUGUGAGAGGCGCUUUGCGCCAGGCGGAGGUCGAGGCGCUCAUGGAUGGAGCCCCUCCAGGGCGGCCUCUGCCUAUGUUCUACUUCCUGGACAACCCCGAGGCCCCGGCUUCUCGUAUCACGGCUUUCCUUGUGCGCCUGCGGGCUGGUGGGAUGAUGCUGGCGCUCCCUGGCACGGACGAGGUUGGCCAGCUCCUUCACAGCCUAACGGAGGUAGGGGAUGCUUCUGCCCCCUUGCUGUACACCACCCUGAUGGUUGGCUGCGAGACUCCCCGGAAACGUGCUGUAGGAGAGUUGGCCCUUCACUUCGUCGAUGCCCCUUGGUCUUGGCUGCACUACCUGCGGUCCGGGGCUGCUCUUCGUGGCAGCGACUUGAGCCUGAUCUCCAUCAAGGCGGGCACUGUGGUGGUACGACCGAACUGCGAUGCUGCACAGGCUGCUGCGGAUAUUUGGGUUGCCGCUGCUACAGAGGAUCCCGAGUUGCAAGAUUCGGGGCUGGGCGAGUAUAUCACGGCUGCCGAGGACAUCGACGGUCUUCCGCUUACCGAUGCUGCCCUGCCCGGUGCCGAGGGCGACGACGAGGAGGCACCCCACCCUGGCGAGGUGGCACAACUUCGUGCUCGUCUUCAGGCCCUCGAGCUUGCUGCGAGUUCUGCUGCUCCCGCGGGGUCGGGGAUUGGUUCCUUGAUGGGCCGCGCGAGCGGGGCCCAGACACGGCGCGGCGCUCGGGAUCUCUUUCCGGCUGGUCCUUCGGAAUCUCUUACCGAAGCCGACCUGCGUGCCCUUCGAGAUGCUGCCGGCGCCGCUCCCCCACGAUUGGCUCAGCACGAGCGGGCCCCUCGCUCCGCUGUCACCCGGGAGGCCGACGACGCCCUUGCCGAGAUCGAGGCUGGUGUGGCUUUGGACGAGGCGGGGGCUUCCUCAGGCGAUGCCGUUCUCCAGCGGCUCCUUCUGGUCCAGACGCAGAUGCUUGCAAAGCUUUCGGCGGGCAAACCACGGAGCCCCUUGGAGGCCGCUCUGGGUUCCGGCGGGGGCAAAGACGACGGCAACUUGAGCGCCAAAGGCUCUGCAGCGAGGGACGCUUUUGUACGACUUCUGAGGGACAACCAGCUUGUUGCGGAUCAAAUUCGCAGGCUGGCUGCAGAGGAGCUGGGCGAGGACAUCGCCGCCCCGCCGCCGAACCUCAUGAGGACCUUUGUGGAAAAGCGCAGCCCCGUCGGCGAGCUGAAAACUUUGGCUCUGGUCAGCACCUUUGCGGCGCACUCGUGGGAGGCCGCGCGGCACAGCGGGAACAUCGAGAUGGAAGCCUGGGCCGCUCGGCUGCUGAUGUUUUCGGACCAAUGCGCCACCGAAGGUGGCAGGCCUUCGUCCGUUUUCACGGCUGUGCCCGAGUCUGUGGUUAUCGGGAAAUGUUGCGUAUUUGAAAGAAAUGGAGUGGUUGGGCACGAGAAUGAGCUCAACUGGGGAUCAAGGCGACAUUUGGCCUGUCCCUUUGCCGAUGGCUUGUCGGACGGCCUCUGCAGAUUGCAAGCUCAGCCCCAGACGGUUUGCUCCCGGGCCCAGCUUCGAGGGAACAUUUGUCUCAGGGACUCUGUUAUCUUCAACUGUGCCGACGCCGCUUACCCUGCAGUGGGCCUGGUAUCUCAUCCGGGCAAGCGAAAACGCAAUGUGACUACAGGCGUCUUCUUGGGCGCCGAUGUCGACGGCAUCGCGGGGCUAGUCUCUGCUCCUCGACACCGCGCGGGCGUCUUGAUGAGGAUUACCUCUGUGAUCGCGCGGAGGGGCUGCUGCUCAGCCUCCCUGCUUGCAUCUGUUUUGGGCCUGUGGAUUCACGCCCUGCUUUUCCGCCGCCCUGUGUUUGCAGUGCUCAGCCAGGUCUUCGUCGACGCGCGCCGGGUGCCUCCCAACAAGGUCUUUGCUUUACACCGUGACUCUGUCAACGAGCUUCUGUGCCUUUGUGCUCUGGCCCCUCUUUUGCAAGCGGAUCUUCGAGUUUCGUAUCCGGGCGAGUUGUUCUGCAUGGACGCUUCGCCCACUGGUGCGGGCUUGUGUUCUGCCAAAGUCCCGCCCCACGUGGUUCAGGAACUUUGGCGGCAUACCGAGCAAAAGGGGUUCUACACCAGGCUACUUGAGCCCGCCUCAGCUUUGCUGUGUGACCUGGGCCUUAGCUCGGACCCGGGGGCUUCUUUUGUUGAUGGCCUUCACCCUGCUUCCGCGUCUCCUUUCGACCCGGAGCCCUUGCCCCUGCGUCCACCUAAGGCCGACGGUGCGGGCUUUGUGUGUCUUUUCUGCCAGCGCCGCAACUGGGCCGUGUCACACUCGCGCGCCGGCCUGUUCGACUUGGUUGAGACCGAGCCCUGGCUUCGCGACCUUCCGUUUGCUGCCCUUGGUCAUCGCGCUACCUUCCAUAGGCUCUGCCGCUUGGCUGAGAGUGGGCGCGUGCAUGACUGGCACGCCGCCCCUCCUUGGUGUAUGCUAGGGCGUUCUGCGGAGGACCCGGCCGGCCUGCAUUCUCCCACUGCCGAGAUCACCGCUGCUAACACUUUGGCCCGUCGUCUGUGCUUCUUGUUGUGCUUGGCGUCUGCCUCGGGCUCCUACGUCAGUGUCUCACAGGUGUCCUCAAGUGCUUUGUUGCGUCUCCACUGCUUCCGUGGCCUAAUCGCCCACGGUGCAGCUUUGACUUCGCUGCACCUUUGCUCUUUCGGGUCACCUUGUGGACAGCUCCUGGAUGUUCUUCACAACAAGCCGUGGUUGUGCCAGUUGGGCGGUUCUUUCGGUACUUGCUCUUGCAGCUCCUCACUACCACAUUUUCCUGUCGUUGGGCGCUUCACUUGCGCCUCCAGUGCCGCCUUCGCUUCCCGCUGCAAGCCCUCUGUCACGGCUGUUUUCGGUCGUGCGCCUUCGGAUGGGGAAAGCGACUUUUGCAGCUGCUUACCACUCCCUCUCACCAGCCGAGCCUCCUCGGGGAGCAGCCUCGCUGUUGGAGGUUACGAGAUCCUUCGUUACACCUUCAAGGGCCAUGGGCAUAUCAACGUUUUGGAGGCGCGCUCUUACAAGACUUGGCUCAAAUGGUGUGCCCGGCGGCUUCCUCACACUCGCCCUGUCGGCUUGAUCGACAGCCGCGUUCUUCUUGGCUGUGCUGCCAAGGGCCGUUCCGCGAGCCCCGCUCUUUGCCGUGUUCUACGCUCUGCCUUGCCGUAUGUCCUCGGCUCGGGUCUCUAUCCCGGAGGUCUCCAUGUUUACUCCGCUCAAAAUCGCAGCGACGGUCCUUCCCGCGGGCGCCCUCCUGCUCCCGCUUCAAAGCCUUGGCCUUCCUGGUUUCACCACCUCGUUGCCGGGGACCACCGCCCCUUUGACUUGGUUUGCGCCUCGGCUGCCGUCCCUCGUGUUUUGGGUCGCUGGUUCAGGCUCCUCCUUCUGCUUGCCGGCGACGUCGAGCGAAACCCGGGCCCCUUUCACUCCGGCGCUCCUCGUGGUGCCCUGGACAUGCAGGGUGGUUUCGCCUCGUCAACCAAACAGAAGAUGGACAAGGCCCUCGGUGCUUUUGCUGUUUGGCUACAGGUAAGUUUUGGUUUGGGGCUUCAGGCUGUCCUUUCCUCUGCUUCCACGGCAGCCACUGCACUCCGUGCCUUCGGCCUCUACCUUUACUCUUCAGGUCAACCAAGGUAUUUGCUUGUCUAUGCCAUCACCUCUGUGCAGGAUAGCCAUCCAGAGUUUCGUUCUCAGCUUGCUCCUGCGUGGCAAGUUGAUCGUAAAUGGCAACAAGUUGAGCCCGGUGAGUGCCGCCCUGUCAUCUCCCAGCCCAUCGUCCAGGCUUCGGUCGCUUUAGCUUUAUGCUGGGGUUGGUUUGAUUGGGCCUGCCUUACCUUGAUAGGGUUUCUUUGUAUGCUUCACCCUGCCGAGAUGCUGUGCUUGCAACGCCAAGACCUUGUGUUUCCUGAGGACGCUUUGUCCCCGGAUCCUGUUGCGUAUGUUCACAUUCGCAACCCCAAGACGCAAAGAUUUGCCCGUCGACAACAUGCGCGUCUUGAGGACCCUUUGGUCCUGCAGCUGCUGAAGUUUCUUUACCUCGACUUGCCUCUUUCUUCUAAACUGUUCCGCGGCUCCAUGCACACUUACAGGCGUCAAUGGAACUCCAUCAUGUCUAGGCUUGGUGUGCCCCAUCGCCUUUCAGAUCGGGGUGCUACCCCUGGAGUCUUGCGAGGCUCAGGGGCUACUUCCCUUUACUUGGAGACGGAGGACCUGCCGCUUGUUGCCUGGCGUGGACGGUGGAGCAAAACGAAGACUGUCGAGUUUUACCUUCAGGAAGUUGCGGCCCAGUUGCUUUUGCAACGUCUUCCGCCGAGCGCCCGUGAGAGAAUCCGCUUGUUGAGCUCCUACUCCCGGGUUCUUAUCCUGCAUGUGUUGCAGGAUGGUGGCAAGUAA